UCACGUGUCCACAACAACUUGUUUUUGCUCUGGACUGUACUGGGGAUGUUUCAGGUGUAGUGUAAACACGAGCGUCAGAUAUAUACGUAGUGGACAGCAUGAAGGACGUGCUCAUCUUCACUGCCAUUCUAGCAAUGGCACUGGAAGUACAAGGCCGUGUAUACUACUGUCCCUAUCUACAUACCUGCAAGCCUGACAUCCACAGCAGACACGAGUGUUGGAGAAAUGACAGCUGCAAGCCAGGAUUCUACUGCUGUCUGUCAUCUACAUGCACUACAAAGUGCCUCAGACGUGUGUCGUCAUCUACAGGACAACUUCAAAAGCAAUGUCCCAAACCACGGCGGAUGAAAGUCUGCCCAAUUAAUGACAGCUAUCAGCAGGAAAGUUGCAGGUCAGACAAAGACUGCCAGUCCCGUUAUGGCGGAGGCAUAUGCUGCCCCGAUGUGUGUGGAAGCUACUGUCACCUUAAUUAUGGGAACGUGUAGAAAGAUAAAAGAACAAACUGAA